AUGGGCAGCAGGGGCCUCAAUCAUUUGCCUUACACGCUUGUCAGGAUAACGGAGGCAGAAAUGAAGACGUAUCAUCAUUUCCUAGGACGAUGCUGCAGGCUGGAAACUACAGCGAGGAAAGAUGAAAUCAUGCAGAGGGAGAUCAGGCCACUGGUGGCCGUGGACAUCAUAGAACAACUUCACAGGCAAUUUGCCAUCCUCUCUGGAGGCCGUGGGAAAGAUGGAGCCCCAAUCAUAACCUUUCCAGAAUUUGCCGGGUUUGGUGACAUCCCAGAUGAGGAUUUCCUGAAUGUUGUUACCUAUUUGACCAGCAUACCUAGUCUGGAAGCUGCUAGCAUUGGAUUCAUCAUCGUUAUUGACAGACGAAGAGACAAAUGGAGCUCCGUAAAGGCAUCCUUGACUCGCAUAGCAGGUGCAUUUCCAGGCAACCUGCAGCUUGUAUUUGUCCUGAGGCCAUCCCGCUUCAUCCAGAGGACAAUCGCUGACAUCGGCAUUAAACUCUAUCGAGAUGACUUUAAAAUGAAGGUACCGAUCAUCAUGUUAAACUCUGUUUCUGAUCUUCAUGGCUAUAUUGACAAGACAGAGCUGACUCGGGAUUUGGGGGGAACUCUGGAAUAUGGCCACAGUCAGUGGAUACACCAUCGAACUGCCAUUGAAAAUUUUGCCCUCACGGUGAAGACCACGGCACAGAUGCUGCAGACGUUCGGGACGGAGUUGGCAGAGACGGAGCUGCCCAAUGAUGUGCAGAGCACAGAGGAGCUUCUUGAGUCUCACAGGAAGCAGCACGGCAAGCUGAAGGAUGAGCUGAAACUAGCUGGGAAGCAAGGAGCCACUUUGCUGUCCUGCAUCCGAGAACCAGCAACCAAAAGUCCCACGACCAAACUCAAUCCUGAUGAACUGGAGAAUGUAGCAACCGUAGAGAGGUUAUUGGCUCAGUUGGAUGAAACAGAAAAAGCAUUCGAUCAGUUUUGGUCCAGGCAUUACCUGAAGCUCGACCAGUGUCUGCAGCUGCGACAUUUUGAACAUGAUUUUCGAGAGGUGAAGCUGGCCUUGGAUAACCUGGUGGAAGUGCAGGCGGGAUUUACUGACGUCGGAGACAGUGUGGUUCACGUGGAACAACUCCUGAAGGAGAGGAAACAGCUGGAGGAACAAGGCCGGGAGCCCCUGGAAAAGGCUCAGUCACUUGCGCUGCAUGGAGACCAGCUUAUCCAAAAUAAUCACUAUGCAGUGGAUUCCAUCAGGCCUAAGUGUGUGGAACUCCGACGUAUUUGUGAUGAUUUCACCAAUGAGACCAAGAAAAAAUACGAUAUUUUAGGAAAGUCUCUGGAACUGCAUAAGCAGUUGGAUAAGGCCAGUCAGUGGUGUGAAGCUGGAAUCUAUCUCUUAGCUUCCCAAGCCGUGGACAAGUGCCAGUCCCAAGAGGGAGCCGAAACCGCUCUGUGUGACAUCGAGAAGUUCCUGGGCACAGCCAAGGAGCACCAGCUGUCCAACCCAAAGGAAUUUUACAACCAGUUUGAUAUGAUUCUCACGCCUGAAAUAAAGGUCAAGGCCCAGAAAAUCCUGCAGAAGCUGGGAGAUGUACAGGAGAUGUUUGAUAAGAGACAAGUGAGUCUGAAGAAGCUGGCGGCCAAACAAACUCGGCCAGUGCAACCCGUCGCCCCGCAUCCGGAGUCCUCGCCAAAGCGGGCGUCGCCAAAGACCAAUCGGCCCUCCACAUUAAUUACCAAUAAGAGAAUAUCGGAUACUCCCUAUAUUCCCAAGACCAUCACUGAAACGGAUUUAUCAAAAAAGAAAAAUAUCAAGAAGCCCAAAGGUGGAAUAAAGAUCGAGGUGAUGCAUGAGGCCAGCCAAGGAGGGACGAGCAGAAUUCUGGUGACGAGUGAAAGUGAGGAGAAUCUUUCCACCCGGAGGAGUCACAUAAUACAUGAACUGAUAGAAACAGAACGGGUUUAUGUUGAAGAGCUUCAAAGUAUCAUCAUGGGUUAUGCUGCAGAAAUGGACAAUCCUGAGCUAAAUCACCUGAUCCCAGCUCCUCUUCAGAACAAAAAGGAAAUUCUCUUUGGGAACCUCCGUGAAAUUCAUGAAUUUCAUGACAGAAUUUUUCUUAAAGAACUGGAAAACUGCAUUGAAAACCCUGAAUUACUUGGAAAAUGCUUUCUUAAAAGAAAAGAGGAUCUUCAGGUCUAUGAAAAAUACUGUCAGAAUAAGCCCCGUUCUGAAGCUCUCUGGAGACAAUGUGGAGAUAGCCUCUUCUUCCAGGAAUGUCAACGCAAACUGGACCAUAAGCUCGCUCUAGAUGCCUAUCUCCUAAAGCCAGUACAAAGAAUCACAAAGUACCAGUUGCUCUUAAAGGAAAUGUUAAAAUGUAGCAAGAAUUCCGAGGGCACGGCUGAACUUGAAGAAGCCCUGGCCACUGUCCUGGAUAUCAUCAAAUCUGCGAAUGACUCCAUGCAUCAGAUAGCGAUCACUGGAUAUGAGGGAGAUCUCCAGGACCUGGGAAAACUGCUGAUGCAGGGCUCUUUCAAUGUAUGGACUGACCACAAGAAAGGUCACAACAAGGUGAAGGAUUUAGCCAGGUUCAAACCCAUGCAGCGACACCUCUUCUUGUAUGCCAAACUCUUGCUCUUCUGUAAGAAGCGGGAAGAUAAUGCCGAUGGACACGAGAAGUCUCCUUUGUACAGCUUUAAAAAUUCUUUGAAGAUGAGCACAGUUGGCAUCACUGAAAAUGUGAAGGGGGACAACAAGAAGUUUGAAAUUUGGUAUAAUGGACGAGAAGAAGUUUAUAUCAUUCAGGCAUCCUCGGUGGAGUUGAAAAACCUCUGGGUGUCAGAGAUCAGAAAAGUUUUGACAGGACAAUUGGAAGCUUGCAGAGAAGCAAGCCAGCUACACCAAAGGAUCACAGAGAGUGUCUACCAUGCCCCAAUGGAUACAUCCAACUCCACAAGACACAGCAGGAGAUCGGGAAGUGGCCACGAAAACAAGACCGAGUCUUCAGGCCUGGAAACCUCCACUCACCGGAACAGAAAUUCAAGUCCCGGCACGAGACAAAUAAGAGCCGACGCUUCUGCCAAUCUUAACCUUGAGCGCUCAGCUCUUGCUAGAAAGCGAUUCACUCUGCAGGGUCUUUCCAACCGCAGAGCUCCUCCCAAAGAUCCUGAACCUAAGGAGAAGGACGUCACCCGCCGCUUUUCCUUAGCCUCUUCCCUCAGCACAACAGCCACCACAUCUGCGCUAAACAAAGGUCCUCUCCGUCCUGCUGUAAAAGUCAAGAGGCAUGAGAUAAAGAGUGAUCCAACUCCCUUGGGGUUCGAAGAUGCUUUUGAGAAUUCCAUAUUGGCCCAGGCUAAUUGUACUGAAGGCUCCACCACAAGAACAGUCCCUAGAUCAGCUUCACAGACAGGGUGGCCUAGCAGACAGCUUCCAUCCCUGGAUACCUUUGAGGAUUUUGAGAUCAUCCCCUCCAGUACUGAUGAACUCUCCAACUCUUCAGAUAUGGAAGAAGAGGCCAGCACCCAAAAUGUGUCCGGCCUCUUCCGGGUGGAAGGCAGCUGUGAGACUUGCUCCCCCGAUUCUCUCGCUCCAGAGGACGGUGACUUGGUGCAGUUCGUUCAGGAGGGAGAAAACGGACAAUGGUUAGUGAAGAAACUGAUUUCAGAGAAAAGUGAUUGGGUGCCUUCCAGCUUACUGCACCCCGCAGGCAGAGACAGUAACCAGAUUCAGACCAACAAUGCAGAAACGUACGGCGACACCUGCGACCCAGAGCUGGCUGACUCUGAAAUGAAAGAAAGUGAAGUUGCAAGAAGCCUAGCAGCCGAGCAGAAGGCUGGGAGCUGAGCCCCGGGUCUCCCUCAGACCUCCACCAUCUCCUUUUUUUGUUUGUUUGUUCGUUUUGGUUCCUAAUUUUCACCGGAUGCUGGAUCUGGACCUGCCUCUUGGGAGCUCCAAACACCUGGAUUCCCGUGAAAUGAUGGAUUCAUCUGACAAGCAGAAGGGGUUUCUGAGUUUGGAAACAGAGACAUCCUCAGAGUUGAAAAUAAAAAUGCUCAUCGCAUUAUUAAUUGAACCAUUUGAGGUAGGUGGCCUAAAUUAGGUCGACCGCAAAGCGACAACUGGCCGGACGCCUGCUCUGUGUCGUGCCAUUUGGACAGCGGGACCUCUGAAGGAAAGUCCAUCUGGUGUGGCAGAUAAUCAGAAGGCCACCCAAGGCUUCUGCGCGUGUGUUUGACCCUGCUGCCGUGCCUUCUCCUUCAACCAACCAAUCGAUCGUAUUUUAUUGAGUGCUUACCAUGUGCAGAGCGCUAUAAUAAGCACUUGAGGGGGGGGAGUAGAAUAUAAUCGAGCCGGUUAGCAUGUUCCCUGCCCACAAGGAGCUUACAUCCUAGAGGAGGAGCACGCCCUGCUUAGAUCAGUGUCUCAUUGCUUCCUGCUGUUUAACAGCGGUGCGCUGCUCGGGAAGCAGCAGACAGGAUGGAAUAGGUAGGAAACACCUGCCCUGAAUCUAUCCUAAUCCUGUUCUAACUCUGUCCUGGGACAAUCGAGUGAAACCUUCAGCGGGUAGAGCAGCCAGGGAGGAAGGUAGAACACUUAUCCCACCUCUCAGCAGAUGAAGAUCUUGUGUACGGGACUAUGGCAAGAUGACAUGGAUAACCUGUGGCUAAUUAUUCGGGGGACUUGCUGUGAUUUCUGUCACCGAGGGUCAGGUUGGCCGGUGGCAGAAGUUCCUGUCGUCCUUCCCGUUCUGGGACUUUAUCCACUUCCCGUUCGUUGCUCCGAACUCUGUGCAUCCCCAAUUCAAUAAACAUCCCUUGAGCA